UGUGACGGCGGUCGACUGCUGUGGUACCUGCGCGACUGCGAUUUCGGCGAAUUUUGGGCCCCGAAAAACUCUAGGAGGAGAGGCAGCGCCAGCGGCCAUGAGCGGCAAGGUGCCGGUUUCGCCCAAGAAGGAGGGCAGUCCCCACAAGAGGCAGAGCCUCACGGGGACCACCGAGGACGACGGAGAGGCAGAGUUCCACUGGGAUGACUACUUGGAGAGCACACAGAGUGAGCCCGUACCGGCCACAGCCUUUGCCCAUGUGGAGCACAGUCUGGAGAGUGGGCUGCGGCCAGGCAUGAAGCUGGAAGUGCCGCUGAGUACCGCCGAUGGUGGCAAUGGCAAUGGUGGUAAUGGUGGCGGUGUCUACUGGCUGGCCUCGGUGGUGACCACGUGUGGCCCGCUGCUGUCCCUGCGCUACUUGGGCUAUGGGGCAGACCGGUCGGCCGACUUCUGGUGCGACGUGGGCACCAACGAGGUGCAUCCGCUCGGCUGGUGUGCCCGAAACCACAAGCCACUCAAGCCACCUCCUGCCAUAGUGGAGAAGCAUUUGGACUGGGAGAAGCUGCUGGCUGAUGAACUGAAGAGUGCUGUCACUGUGCCAUCCUACGUCCUUGAGAUGAAAGGCUCGGCACCCAUUGACCAGAUCCAACCAAACAUGAAACUGCUUGUGCUUGAGGAGGAGAACCCGAUGAAUGGCUGGGCCGCCUCCGUCCUGAAAAACGUGGGUGGUCGCCUGCUUCUGCGCUACGACGGGUGCAACGACCCUCACUGGGACCUGUGGCUCUUUUACCUCUCGCACCGGGUCAAGGCACUCGACACGCCCUCGCACGGUGACCAGAAUUAUCGACCACCACAGUGCAUUGAGAACCUGCACUCUCUGGAUCAGUGGAAGCGCAUACUGCGUGAUUCCAUGGAGGAGGCCCAGAAGUACAACGGAAAGAUCCUGGCCAACAUACUACAGCCACCGGUGCCACUGUCCGAGCACAGCUUUGAAGUCGGCCACAAGGUGGAGCUGCUGAACCCCAUGAGCCGUACGGAGGCCUGCCCUGCCACGGUCAUGGCCACCUUGGGUUCAGGCCAGUGGUUCCUCGUUCAGGUGGACGACCUGCGGCAUCCCACAGAAGCACCUCCUCUGGUUCGGUGCUGCCACGCACGAUCGCAGACUCUGCUGCCGGUCGGCUGGGCCCAGGAGAAUGGGUUGACCCUCCUGGCACCCCCAGGCUACCCGUCCGAGACAUUCAGCUGGGACGAGUACCUCAAGUCUUUCGGUGCUAAAGCGGCGCCGAGGUCGUGUUUCCAUCUCGAAGAAGACAGCCUAGGCUUCGAGCCAAACCAGAAGCUAGAGGUGGUGAACGGCAAGAAUCCCAAUGAGCUGUGUGUUGGAACAGUGGAGCGGGUGUGCCCUCCCCUAGUGUGGGUCCGCCUGGAGGACAGCACCGAGGGCGGCACCAGCGUGGUGCUUCCGCUGCGCUCGCAGCAGCUGUUCCCCGUGGGAUGGUGCGGAUCAAACGGAUGGCCCCUCCGCAAGCCCCGUGACUGGGCCCCUCCCCGACGUACCCCCGCACCGUCGCCGUUGAGGCGUGCAAGCGGCAGUGCAGCGGCACCCUCAUCAUCCACAGCGGCUGCUGACACAACCAGCAAAAAGUCUGGAUCUGUGGAGGCAAAGUCAGGUUGGUGCCCCGCACUGCACCUGAACCACCGGUGCUUCUCGGGCCCACUGCUGUCCAAGGGGCGCCUGGCAGAGCUCCCACGUCAGACGGGGCCAGGUCCCGUGGCGUUGGUGCUGCGCGAGGUGCUGGCACAGCUCAUCGGCGUCGCCUACAAGCCCAGCCGGGUGCUCGCCAUCCUCCAGCUGCGGGGAAGCCCAACACCAGGCAUGCACCAGCAGAUACUCAAGGCCAAGUAUAAGGGAAAGACAUACCGUGCCACGGUGGAGACUGUGCGCAGCAGUGGUGAGGUGGGCGCGUUCUGCCGCGGCAUCUGCGAGAAGCUCGAGUGCUGCCCGAACCUGUUUGGGCCCACGAGCUUCGGCGAGAACUCCUGCCCCAACAAUUGCUCUGGGCUCACCAAGACUAAGUACACCUACCACUUUGUGCGCAAGCGGCACAAACGGCAGAUGGCAAUGCGCAAGGCGAAGCAGGCACGUUCAGAGAGCCCCGCGUCCGGAGCCAAUGGCUCGUCCAGCGGAUCCACGGGUGAACCGUCCGAGCCAAAAAAGAGCCGGCUUGACGUCACGGCAUCCGAACGAGCUACAAGUUCCCAGGAAGUCAGCACUACUUCUGCCACCAGCGCCACCUCUGCUCCUGCUGCUGCUGCUGCCGUAAAGAAGUCGGAGCGACUGUCAAAUCGUCAAGCCCCACGCCCAGCCACUCGCAUUGGACAUCGGCCACCGGGCAGACCACCCGGCCGACCGCCCAAGUCUGCAAACAGGCAGCCUCCUCCGGUUGAGCUGCCGACUGCACGUCCACCGGAAGACCGGCCCGGUGUACGUACGCGGGGUGCGCGGCUGCCGGACUUCAAGACCCUCAACUUGGACCUGCGGUGGCAGAAGCCGCUGCGAGCACGUCUGGUUUCCAACAAGAAACAGCAGCAGCAGCAGGCUUCCCGCUCCGACACUCCGGACUCAUUGUCCUCCGAAGGCACUGCCGAGUCGGUGUCCAGCACACAGCAGCAGCAACUGAGGCACCACAUUCCCCAACUCUGCCUGGACUCCAACCCGGUCGAGUGGAGUGUCAGCGAUGUGGCUCGUUUUGUAUCCGGCACCAACUGCGCUUACCUCGUUCGUGCCCUGCAGGAACAGGAAAUCGAUGGUCAGGCUCUGCUCCUGCUGACUCUUCCCUUGGUUCAAGAGUUCCUCGAACUUCAGCCAGAUCCUGCCAUCCAGUUUUGCCAGUUGCUGGAACGCAUCAAGCUGGCCUUCUACGUCCAGUAUGCCAAGUGAAGUGACACCUCGAGCAUCCAAGAUGAAGGAGCAGUGUGAUUACCGGUGACAUCAUCAGAUUGUGGCAUGUGUCUCGGUUGUUCUAUCUGCUCUUCUGUGAUAGAAGCAGACGAAAAGACUAGGGAGGCUGCCCUGUGUGUGCAUGGUAUGCUGAUAUCAACUAAAUUUAAGUGUGAUGUCUAAGAAUAUUUGAUGGUCAAGUGCUUCCUGUCACACGUGACCAUGUUGGUACUAGCUGGCCAGUGAUGAGCUGUGACAUUGGUGAAGGUACCUGCCUUCCUGGGUGAAAGAAAUCGCUCUACGAUUGUUUGUUUUGCAGUCAUGGCAGUCUCCUGGAUCACCGAGUGAUGAGCAACUGGUGUGGCAUCGUGUAGAAUGUGGUGUUAGCCUGAUAAAAGCUCUGCGAGUGAACAGUGAAGCAUACAAAUUGAGUGAUGCUUCACCAGAAUUUCACUAUGUGGUGAUAGGGCCGACAGUUUUGGCAGGUGCAAUCUGUGAUGCCACGCUUCUGGACUGACAGGGUGUGAAGCCAAUGGCAAAGACUUCUUGCGUCACGUUCCCUGGGGAAUACCACAACGUUUUGAAUGUAAUACUAAUCAUUGCUUUGGACUUGCACUCCAGGGGUGCGAUCUUGUGUGCAUUAUAUAAUAGAGCAUUUGUCCUCGCUGGACACAACUGGCCGAGGCGCACGUAAACAUCAAGAAUGGGGGAGAGGCACACACAACCCAUAUGUGUUGCCGACGAACGUUCCGUUAUAGAGUGCAUACGAAAUCGCACCCCAGGUCUGCUUCUUAUGGUAUAAUAAAAGACCACAUACUUUUUUACGGCGUGUUUCUCGGCCUUACCUCAUUAAAUACCAGAUUAUUCUAAGUCAUAUUACCAAAGGAUUCUCUUCCUACUUUUUAAACCCAAGAAUUUCACUUGUAUUACAUUUUGGUGGGUAUUACAUUCUGAGCUCUUUGGUGUUCACUCUGGGACAAUGGUGGCAUUUUCUAGAAGUGAAAAGAAAAGACAAGAAACCUCAAAGCUGGGCAUUUUGAAUUGAGAAGUGUUGUUAGGAACGUUGUGACUGUGCACAAAUUCAAUUUGUGUUUACUGUGUCUGUAAAUGUAUCGUCCAUGAAUGUUCUUACGAUGAUAUUUUCCCUUGGCGUUGUUACUAGGCGAGCUUGUCAUAUGGGAUGCUUAUUUGAUGUGGCACCUGAGCAAAAUGGCAGCAGAAUCUUUGAAAGGCAAUCCCACAUGUGAAGAGCAAGCAGUGGUUUCCUACAUUAUCUGUUUUAGGCUCUGUGCUGACUUGCCUUGCAUAAUGGAUAUGUCAUGUUGAAAGUGCAGCAGUUGAGGAAAAGUGGCAACUUCACCUGUUUUGGAUUCAGUGGGCAAUUGUGAUUGUAGAGUGGGAGUCUGCAGACCACAAAUGCUCACCUGUUGUAUUCCGCUCAGCGUUAUUUUAAUGAGGUAAGCUGUACUUUGCCUUGUCAUCCCUGUAGAUGUGGUGAAAAAAUGCCUUUGAGCUGUGCAGUAUGCCCUUAAAAUUUGUACAACCUUUAGGGGGCAGUAUCAUUAUACAGCAAUAACCAUCGAUUGUGAAUUUCAGGUGCCAUCAUAUUGGAAAUGCAAUUAGGGUGAUUAAAGUGCUUCUGACAGGAAACUGCAUACCUGCAGUGGUUAUGCACAUCAAAUUGACAUUAAUUGUUGUCGAUUUGAAAAAUGAUGCCCUGAAGGGUAUGCAGCUUUUAGGGGUGUUAAUACGUGGCGCCCAUUUUGAUAGCUCUCACAGGUCGCAGUGCCAUUAACUUUAAUCUAACUACACUAUAAAAAUAUAAGGGCUUGUAGAAUCGCUUUUCAACUCUCUGAUUCUUUGCUGUAGUAAAUUCAAUCACGGCACGAGAAAUCUGCAGAAUAGUUAGAAGACUGGCCUUUACACCUGCAGAAGCCUUUGGUGCAUCCCUUGUUUUUUGAGUGUGUGUGUGAACUAUGUACUUUUGCACAUUUACGCCCUUGGAGGUGUACAGUGCAGGGCUUUGCUCUCAAUCUGGUAGUUGUUCUAGUUUGCAGUGCCAUUAAGUACACUCCAAGAAUGAAAGAGUGUGUGAUGUUUUUCAGCUACAAUUCCGAUGGUUCUCAGACUUCGCAGUAAAUGUGUUCCUUCAUGUUUGACUUGAGAGCUCUGUGUGAGGGAGUUAAAGAAAAUGAGUUAUACUCCCAUGUAAAGGAGUGAACAGUGCUGCCCUUUGUUUGCAGAGUGUGUAUGCUAACGUGUUUUGUUACCCUGCUGUGAGUGUUGCCAAAGCGGUCCAUAAUUGGCCAGUGUGGACAAAUGUGGCUGGAAUACUUUUUUUUUCAGCUUUGCAACUGCCUACACAGUGUUGUGCUUAGUGAUUUAAUGUAGAUUUUUUUUAUAGCAGUGAUUGCAAAUCACAACUGUAAUACCUGGGAUCAAUGUGACAUUGAGGACAAUGGUUGCGAGGGAAACUGCAUUUGCACAGAGUACACUUCAGCAUCAGUUUUAGCAUAGGUUUUCUUUUCGCAUUAUUUAUGGAAUUUUCAUCCUACCUCUUGCUAGGCAGUUAUGCAGUACUAUUAACGAAAGUAUAAAGGUGUAAGCCUAAAUUUGUAUCAAAAUUGUAGAACAUUUGCUACAAAAUAGUACUCACACUUUUUUCUCUUUGCCAGUGGAUGACCUUGUACUCCCAACUGUACAGCAUGUCUGGAAUUCCCUGUGCUAUUUCGUUUAGAAGUAUUUGUUUAGAACGUGUUAACCAACCACUGGCACCACUAAACAUGUAAACCUCUGUGCAGUGUGAAAUGAUGGAGCUUACACCACGACACACUGUGAUGUAGUUGCAUCAGGGUGCCCUGCUUAGCUCUCCUCACUUUCGUCAACUGCCUCUUCUCAGUCAUGGAACUUUGUGCUGUAGCCAGCGUGCUUCAAUUAAGCGAUACCAUCGUGCUGUUUGUGUGUUGUCUAGUAUUCCAGACCAAAUAUUGCUUGAGUGCACAGCUCUCUCUAUUUUUUCACAUUAUGCUGACGCUGUUGACCGGGCCAUUUCGUUGUGGUCCCCCUUACUUAAUGCAAAGCUUGGCCCUAAGGAGUGAGCUUACAGUUCCCUCACCUUGUGACUCGUUUCCAGUGCCUUUGAUUGGUCGCCUAACUUCUGGAUGGAAAUAAGCAACUAAGCUUUUUACGAGAGAAAACUGGCUCCAGAAGAAACGUUAGAACGUGGUUGUCAUUGUCGGGGCCUGUUUAGCCUUGUAGUAGUAGAGCUUUAGCGCUGUGUUACAUAGCAUCGUAAGCCCAGAAGAAUGCUUAUGGGAACGACCAAUCAAAGAUGCUGUCGCCACACAUUCCAGAACAAGAGGGAUGUGAAAGUUUAUAACAUAUCGUGCUUGCACCUUCUCUAAUUCCGGUUGUUGAUAUUUCACUGUGCAACAUGGUGUAUGAGGCGAUUUGCUAGAUGUGUGGACAAGUGAACAACACAACCUGACAAGCACAUGAUGCUGUCGCGAUUAAACUGUCGUUCACUGCCUUGCUGAUUAAGUGCGAAUACCCGGCCAGGCUGGUAAAAGUGCCAAAAGAAAGAGCGAGUUAUUUGCAAUGAUCGCAGACUGGGCAGCUAAAGUUCGAGAUGCACAGAAAUUUGACUAUAUGCACAUUUUUCUUGCUGUCAGUUAAUUAGGAAAAAAAAUGUGUGGUACUGCACUUAACUCCUGCAUACAGUGCAGCUGCUGCUUUACCCUCGUGUAUUGUCAUGCUUGUAGAGACUGUAUAAAGUUCACUAAAGCAUGCUCAGACCUCUGCACGCAAAUGUCUAGAUAACUGAAGAGGCAAGUGGCAUGUUAAUUUUGUGCAGUAAAUUACACAAAAUUCACAGACUACCAUAGGGUGUGACGAAAGAACGCUUAUUUAUCGCCUAUUUUCAGAACAUGACAGUUUCCAUCAUAAUGACAGCUUGAGACUUGAAAUGGCCAAGUUACUCCUAGAAAAUGAGAUGCACCAUUUUAAUGAUGCAGCGGCAUUUGCUGCUUCUGGAAACGUAUCCGAGAGACACAUGUGCAAAGCACUAGCAGUGGCAUUGUCGUAAAUUAAUGAUCCAAUAGUGUGAAAGCUAGACGAUUCCACUUGCCAUUGAACGAGUUGGACCACUAUUUUUCUUGCAGUCAUCGUGUUCUUUGGAAGAUCUUGUGCUUGUCGUCGUCAGUGUGAUUGAAAGCAGACCAGUGGACGUUUUUCACGGGUGUGUUGUAUGCAUGUGUUGUGUGUUUGUGUCGAUCAACUCAUUUAACGUGAGCACGUCAAUCGCUGUCGAUACCAAAGUGCAAGAAUGUUGUUAUCUAUGAUCAAAAGUCUAACGCAUAUGUUAUUUUUCUCUGUGAAUAAA